AUGGACGAACACGUGGUUACUGGUGGUACACUGUUCGUACGAAAUUUGCCUUUUUGUAUAACAGACGACAAGUUGGCUGAAAUAUUUAGCGAAACAGGCCCUGUUAAACGUGCUUUUGUUGUAAAGGAAAAAGGAAAUGCAAAGAAAAGCCGAGGUUUUGGUUAUGUCACAUAUUCUUUUGAAGAGGAUGCUGAAAAAGCAAAAGAGACAAUCGACACAAUUGAUGGAAGAAAAGUGUUUGUGACAUUUGCUGAGAAAAAGAAAAAAACAACAGAAAAUGAAACAACAGAAACAAAAAAUAAACAAGUUAAAAAUUCUGAAGCACCAGCCAAAAGUUCAUAUCAACAGACUGCCAAAUAUGAAAAAAACAAAACUUUAGUUGUGUCAGGCUUUCCAGAGAGCACGCCUCUUGAAAAGGUGAAGGAAAAUGUUGAGUCCUUGAAGAACAUUGCUUCUCUUACUUACCCUGUUGAAAAGAAUGGAAAGAACUUUGCUUUGGUUAGCUUCAGAUCAAUACGAGAUGCUAGACGUGCAUUGAACAGAUUAAAUGGCAAGGAAGUGGCAGAAGGAUGCACUUUGAAAGCUAUUCAACAGUCAUAUGACCCAAACUUCCUCCCAUCAAAAGUUCUCAAGAUGAGGCGGUUGAUUGUUAGAAAUCUUGCUUUUACAAUUACUGAAGAAGAUUUAAAAAAGACUUUUGAAAAAUUUGGGGAAGUCCAUGAAGUUGUCAUACCAAAAAAAAAUGGGAAAAGUAGUGGCUUUGGUUUUGUUCAAUUCACCAACAUCCAACAUGCCAACAAGGCAAUUCUGCAAAUGAACAAACAAGAAAUUCAAGGUCGACCAGUUGCUGUGGAUUGGUCAGUUCCCAAAUCUACAUUUUUGAAGUCCAAAGAAUCAUCUGAACAAACAGAGACAACCAAAAAAAAGGAAGCUAGUGAUGAUAGCAUGUCCAGUGAUUUAUCUGAUGAUGAUGAUGAUGACAACGAUGAUCAUGAUGACAGCGGUUCAACUGACAAAGAGGAAGUUGAAGAUGAGAGCACAAGUCUUUCUGAUUCUGGCACUGAUGAGUCUGAAACUACCUCAGGAACUGUCAGUUCUCUCAGUGAAUCAGAUGAAAGUGACUCUGAGGCUCCAAGUGAACAAUCCGAUGAGGAAGAGGAAGAUGAUGAUGAUUCUGAAGAUGAUGAUUCUGAAGGAGAGGAUAUUAUUAUGGAAGAUGAUAUUAAACAAAAGCCCAAAAAUGCAAAAUUCAUCACUGAUAAAAAACCAUCUGUUACACCUCAAAAAAGUGAUGUUGAAGAAGGUCGUACAUUGUUUGUCAGGAAUGUUCCCUUUAACUGUGAUCAAGAUGAAUUAAGCAAGUUAUUUACUGAGUAUGGACCAAUCAAAUAUUGUGUGAUGCCCAGAAAUGAAGCUGAUGUACCCAGAGGAACUGCAUUCGUUCAGUUUGUCAAAAAGGAGGACGCAGAAAGAUGUCUAGAAUGUACUAAACAGGAUUCAGAAACUGGUGGGAUGAUGUUGGAUGGACGUCAACUGCUCGUUUCCAAAGCUUUGUCUCGAGAGGAAGUUACUAAUUUGAAAAAUGCAUCAAAAGAAAAGAAACAAGAUUCUCGAAAUUUGUAUUUAGCUCGAGAAGGAUUGAUAAGGGCUGGCAUGAAGGCAGCUGAAGAUUUGUCAAAAACAGAUCUGAAUAAGAGACUUAAGAUUGAAAUGACAAAACGUCAGAAAUUGAAAGAUCCCAACAUAUUUAUUUCUCCCUUAAGACUCUGUGUACACAACAUUCCUACUCAUGUGGAUGAUAAAGAACUGAGAAAAGUUUACCUGGAUGCCGUAAAAGAUAAAAGUGCCCUCCUUACUGAGUGUCGAAUCAUGAGAGACUUGGACCGAACAAAUGCAAAAGGUCUGGGCAAAUCCCGGGGUUAUGCUUUUGUUGCUUUCACAGAGCACAAGCAUGCAUUGACUGCCCUCCGUAAUACCAAUAAUAAUCCUGCUGUUUUUGGUCAUGACAAGAGACUCAUUGUGGAGUUUUCCCUUGAAAACAAAAAAGCACUGGAAGCAAAGCAAAAUCGUUUAGAGAAAGCAAAAAUGCGACAGGAAUCCUUGCAAGGCAUGACAAAGGAACGGAGAAAGAAGAAAGAUAUUUUCACAGUCAAAGACUCCUUACAGAAUCCUGCUGCUAAAAAGGAAACUGUAAGCAGUGCUGGUGGAAUUGGCAAAAAAUCCAGCCGGGUCAUGCCUUCACAUAUUGGACCAAAAAAACGUCACAGAGACCGAGGGAAAAACUUUGCCAAUCCUACUAAGAAAGUUAUAAAAGAAAAGAAGAUUCAUCAAUAUGAGGAUUCUAACAAACAAAAUAAAGUUAAUAAUAAGGGUGCUCAGAAAAGAAAAGAGAAAUUUUCAGAUGAUUUUGACUUGUUAGUUUCAAAAUAUAAAAAGCAAAUGUUAUCAGCACGUUCAUCAUCAUAA